GAGAGUGAACCUCUCACUACGUAGUCCCUUGUCCAACUUGUGCUCUGCUUGCUUCUCUGCUGCUGUCUCCAGGACACAGGCAAGACAGUCUCCAUGGCACAGGCAAGACAGUACUCCUCCAGCCUCACUGUGCCCAAUGGAGGCAACUGGGGUGAUUGGGGAAAAGCAGAAUUUUGCCCUACUGGCCAUGCCAAUGGAUUUUCCUUGAAGGUUGAGCCCGCUCAAGGCUCUGGGGUAGAACGGGAUGAUACAGCUCUGAACAGCAUCCUUCUGUACUGUACUGAUGGCCUUCAAGUUAUUCACCAGCAAACCAGGGAAGACCAGGAUCAAUAUUGCAGGUGGGGUCAAUGGAGAGUGAUGCUGUGGCAUCCCAGCUUGUAUCUGACCACCUUCUCACUGAAUGUAGAGUCACCGCAAGACCUUGCUGAUGACACAGCAGCCAACAACAUCAGGUUCAGAUUGUCAGAUGGGAGAGUGCAAGAGGGCAAAGUAGAUUCUGUCUGGGGCACUUUUGGCCCCUGGAGUGAUCAGUGCCACUCUGGGGCCAUCUGUGGGCUCCAGACCAAGGUGGAACCACCCCAGGAUCGGGGGGAUAACACGGCACUCAAUGAUGUGAGGUUCUUCUGCUGCAGCUUGUAA